AUGCGCGUCACAGCCGCCUUCUGGCUCGUGGCUGCGACCCUCGCGAAAGCGGCGUACUGGAUGGAAGACAUUGCCCACCAGGGCAUCUCUCCCUAUCACCCGGACCCGAACUACAAGGUCUUCCGCAAUGUAAAGGACUUUGGCGCAAAGGGCGACGGCGUUACGGAUGAUACCGCGGCGAUCAACCUCGCCAUCAGCUCUGGUGAGCGGUGCGCGCCGGGCAAGUGCAAGGGCGAGACGACGUCGCCUGCUACUGUCUACUUCCCUCCCGGAACGUACAUCAUUUCUGGUUCUAUUAUUGACUACUUUUACACGCAAAUCAUUGGUGAUCCGACCGAUCGCCCGGUGAUUAAGGCCGCCGCCAACUUUCCCACCAACACCACCCUCGGCCUUCUCGACGGAAACCCGUACGGCGCGAAUGGUCUCAGUUGGGGUGCCACCAACGUCUUCUUCAGACAAGUUCGCAACCUCGUUUUCGACACCACAGCCAUUCCUGCCUCUGCUGCUGCCUUUGGAAUCCAUUGGCCUUCGUCGCAAGCUACUGCCAUCACCAACUGCGUGUUCCGCCUCGCCGAGGGCGCGGAGAGCAAGCAUGUCGGCAUCUUCAUCGAGGAGGGCUCCGGCGGCCUUCUCAACGAUCUUGACUUCUACGGAGGACAAUACGGCGUCAAUUUUGGAAACCAGCAAUACACUACUCGGAAUAUGCGCUUCUGGAACGCCCAGAACAUCUACGUCGAAAACUGCGGAAUCGGCAUCCGCAUGCAGGACAACAGCACUUCUUCUAUCACUCUCCUCGACUCUGAGUUUGUAAACACCCAGACAGCCAUCCGCACCAGCCGAGAGCCCGGUGUGACCGUCCCCGUCACGGCUGGCACGUUGGUGAUGGAGAACGUGGCCUUCUCCAAGGUCCAGACCAUUCUCUUGGGGCCCAAAAACAACACCAUCAUCGCAGGAACGUCCAGCGCCACCAUCUCCCAGGGCUUCGCCAUGGGUCACAUCUACACACCUUCCGGCCCUACGGACUACACCGGCUCUGACGCGGGCUACUUCCCCGUCUACCCAGCCCUCCUCGGACCCCCCGCCAACGGCACGACAAAGUACUACGAGCGCUCCAAGCCGCACUAUGAGAACGUCCUCUCAAGCCUCGUCAUCUCCGCCCGUUCAUUCGGCGCCCGUGGUGACGGUGUGACGGACGACACCGUGGCCCUGAACAACCUCUUCAACUACGUCGCCUCGAACCCUGCCGCAGGCCUCCUCGCCUUCGUCGACGCGGGCACCUACUACGUCUCCGACACCGUCUUCAUCCCGCCCGGAGCCCGCAUCGUCGGCGAGGCCCUCGCGUCCAUCAUCAUGGGUGGCGGUGAGAAGUUCCAGGAUAUCGAGAAGCCUCACCCCGUUGUCAAGGUCGCUAUCCCGGGCCAGUGCGGAACGAUUGAAUGGUCUGACAUGAUUGUGUCCACGCGCGGAUCCGCGCCAGGUGCCAAGGUGAUCGAGUAUAACCUUAACACUGUCGGUGAGCCGUCUGGUAUGUGGGACGUGCAUAUUCGUGUCGGAGGAUUCGCUGGUACGCAACAGCAGCUUAAGGAGUGCCCUACCACGCCUAAUGCUACUGUCACCGCGGAUACUAUUGACAAGAACUGCAUUGCGGCAUGGAUGAGUAUGCACAUCACCAAGCCGGCUUCUGGACUUCUGCAGGAGAACUGCUGGAUCUGGACCGCCGAUCACGACCUCGAGGAUCCCGACUACAAGCAGGUCACCAUCUACAACGGCCGUGGUCUGCUGAUCGAGUCUACCGCCGGUAAGAUCUGGCUGUCUGCCUCCGGCGUCGAGCACCACACCCUCUACCAGUACAUGCUCUUCAAGACCAGGGACGUCUACAUGGGCCAGAUCCAGUCCGAGACCCCUUACUACCAACCCAACCCGCCAGCCACGAUCCCCUUCCCCCGCGUAAAGGGCUACCACGACCCAGACUUCGAGACAGAAUGCAAGGACGCCGAUCCCAACGGCCCGCCGUGCAAGAUGGCGUGGGGUCUCCGCGUCAUCGGCAGCCAGAACGUCGUCGCGUUCGGCGCGGGACACUACUCCUUCUUCAACAACUACAGCACCGCGUGCUGCCAGAUCGGCGCGGGAGCGAGGUGCCAGCAGCGCAUUGUGGAUGUGCGCGAUGCGCCUGGUAACUGUACCGCGACGGACAACUUGGAUAUCUAUAACCUGCAGAUUGUGGGCACGACGGCCAUGGUAACGCGGUAUGGAAAGGAUGUCGCGUUUUACAAGGAUAAUAUUGCUGGGUUCACGGCUGGUAUUGCCUUGUAUCAGCACUGA